GCCCUCACAGGGUCGACAGCAUCUCUCCAAAACGCACUCACAAGCCAAACAUACGAAAUUCCUUUUAAACUACAGAAGAAGACAAUACUUCAGCAGAGAUGGGGCUCGGAUUGUUCUGGAACUUCCCAUCCAAGACUAGCUGCGCGGUUCCACAGAGCCUGCUGCAGACAAUGUUGCUCUCCAGGAUGGCUGGCAUGAAGGAUCAGCAGUUCACUGAAGAGAAACCGCUACUGCCAGAAUCCAGGGGACAGGAAACAGAGAUGGCUAAAGGACAGUGUGUCCCCGCGCUGCCCUCUGCUACACCCUGCCCCCACCCGGCUCGCCCCCCCAAGCGCUGGCAUGCGAUCGCCCGGCACUGGCUCGGCAUGACGCGCCGUCGGACCAGCGGGUACAUCUCGGAAAACUGUGAGACCUUCAUUGCCCCGGGAGACUGGAAGGAACACGACAUUGAAACCCCUUAUGGGAUGUUGCACGUGGUGAUCCGUGGGGCUCCCAAGGGCAACAAACCAGCUAUCCUGACCUACCAUGAUGUUGGGCUCAACCACAAGUUGUGCUUCAACACAUUCUUCCACAAUGAAGACAUGCAGGAGAUCACCAAGCAUUUUGUGGUAUGCCAUGUGGAUGCCCCUGGUCAACACAUUGGUGCCCCACAGAUGCCACAAGGGUACCAGUACCCCACCAUGGAUCAGCUAGCUGGGAUGCUUCCUAGUGUGGUGCAACACUUUGGCUUCAAGAGCAUUGUGGGAAUUGGAGUUGGAGCUGGUGCCUACAUCCUUGCCAAAUUUGCGCUUAUUUUCCCUGAUCUUGUGGAGGGUUUGGUUCUUCUCAACAUUGAUCCCAAUGGAAAAGGCUGGAUCGACUGGGCCGCCACAAAAUUGUCCGGACUCACCAGUGCUUUACCAGACACUGUACUGGCCCACCUCUUCAGUCAGGAAGAGCUAAUGAACAACACAGAGGUUGUACAGAGCUACCGUCAACAGAUCAACAACACUGUCAACCAGUUCAACCUACAGCUCUUCUGGAACAUGUACAACAGCCGCAGGGAUUUGGAAAUGAACCGCAGUGGCUCUGUGCUGAAUGCCAAGACCCUGAGGUGCCCUGUAAUGCUGGUCGUUGGAGAUAACGCUCCAGCUGAGGAGGGAGUGGUUGAGUGCAAUUCCAAGCUGGAUCCAACCAACACCACGUUCCUGAAGAUGGCUGACUCAGGCGGAAUGCCUCAGAUUACACAGCCUGGAAAACUCACAGAAGCAUUCAAGUACUUCCUGCAGGGGAUGGGUUACAUUGCUUAUAUAAAGGAUCGGAGAAUGAGUGGGGGGCCAGUGCCUUCAGCCAGUAUGACCCGCCUGGCUCGCUCGCGAACGGCCUCUCUGACCAGUGCCGGCUCCGUGGAUGGCUCUCGCAACCGCGCAUGCACACACUCAGAUAGUAGCGAUGGUGUCGGGCAGGUUAGCCAAACCAUGGAAGUUUCCUGCUGAGCCUGCAUUCACUUCCUGCAUCACAAUGUGGAAAGAAGGCCUGAGAAGAAUAUAUUCCAUGUCCUUUUCUCUCAUUUUGUUUUCAGUGUUAACCCCUUUUAACCUGUAAAACAAAGACUUGAUGUCCUUCUGCCUUUUAGAACAGUGUUUGGUUCUCCCCAACUUUGUAACAACAUUUCUUAUCACCAGGGUCCAAAAUUAACUGCCCACACCUGCUAAUGUUGAGUGAAUUGAGAGGAUUUACUGGCCAAGAAAUUUUAGUUUUGUCCUGUUUUAGCUGUUUAUUACUUGCAUUUUAGUGACAAACAACGCAGGUCAUUGUGUCACUCGCAGCCUCUGGGUAAAACUGCACCAGUCACAAAUACACGAACAUGACGAUCAUGAUUUUGUUCCAAAUAUAUUUGUUUUGGUUGCUUAAUGUGAAGAAUAUUCCACAUAUGUGUCGCCUCAUGGCGUGUGGGAAAAAAACAACAACAUUAGGCAUCCUAGAUAAACUUCUGAAGGUAAAAGUCAUAAGAAGACGCACAAGUCAGAUUAUUAUUCUUACAGUUUGACUUAUACCAUGUAUUAUUGCUGGAAACUUUUUAUUUAAUUGGCAAAGCCAGUUUUUACUCACAUUUGGCGCUUGGCGAGUGUUAAUUUUGGACUCUUCCUUUUCGUGUCAGUACAGUAUAUCUGCACCCUUCGCUUGCUGCCUCUGGCCUUCACCUCCUCUUGAGACAAAACUACAAGUCCCAUCAGCCCCUGCUCUAACUCAUUCCUGUCCUAUGAUAGUCUUUGUUCAUGUGUGUAUGUGUGUGUAUGUAUGUGUGUGUGUGUGUGUGUGUGUGUGUGUGUGGGGGGGGGGGGGUCUUAAAUAUUGAACCAGAGAGAGAUCUUUGAGGGACAUUUGUUGCCAUUUUAUGCUCUCCCUCUCUGUCACGAGCGAAAUAGAAGCAAUUGUAUUGUCGAAGAGGUUGAAAAACUCUCAACCAAUGAACCGCAGCUUUCGACUAAUCGUCUCAGCUCAUUCAGUCAUUAGGAGUGAAUGUAUCACCACACAAGUGAGGCAAUGUUUAUUACAAAUCUGUACACCGUGUCCUAACCAGGUGCAUAGUUUCCAUCAUCAGUUGCUGAAGCAACCGCAUCAUUUUGUGUCACUUUCGACUCAUUUGAUGCCCUGCGUGCUCCUCGGGACACGUACCUCGGUCCUUUGCAUUGCAAUUGCUAAUCAGUUUAGCUACCGUGCUUAUAAAUGCUUAUAAAUGUAGCUGAUUAUGUAAUGCAAACACUUAUCGUUAAAAGUCAUGCAUUAUAGUAAAAGUGUUUUGAUGUCAUAUUAUAGCAUUGUGUGAGGAACAGGGCGAAUUGUAUGUUUUUAUGAAUUGAUACCCUGUUCUUAAACUUGUGAUUUGUGUGAAAGGAAAUAAAAGUCAUUGUUUUAGCACCUCUAGUGUUCAUUUCACCAGGAAAUUGCGUUGAUACGUACUGUACGAGUAACAUAAAAUCAUUUUGCAACAAUGUAUGUAUAGUAAUCUAGUUUCUAUAAGACAAGUUGAAAAUUGCUGCAUGAACAAGCAAGAUUUUGGGCCAGUCAUAUUUAGUUGCAGGUAGGGCCAUCAAGGAAUGGAAACCAAGCGACUGACAAAAUGUCUUGUUGCGCGUUACAUUCACAACUGGUUUCUCGGAUUACCAUAAAAGAGAUUGUUUGUAUCGUUUAUCACUUUAUUCCAUUGUGCCUGGUCAGGACACGUUGUUAAAUUGCUGUAUUUAGUCAUUACUUUCACAUUAAGCACUAGUAUAAUCAAGCACAAUUUCAGAUCCUCAAAGAAGACAUGCAAAACUACUAAUCAGCUCAUGGUAGUGUGCACUCCCUGCCAUAUGAAGGUGGCUCUGCCUGGGAUCGGUUCUGUAUGGUCUCCCUUUUAUAGACAAUCAGUUUCUGACCCAAACCAAACUGGAACCAUUGACUGAGGCAGAGCCAGUGUGAUGGGGUUUGCAGUUAGUUGCAUUUAGGUAUUAGAAGUGUAGGAUCAGCGCUUCCCACUUCCCUUACAGCACCUAGCCCUGCACGAAGAAUAUACCAAAGCUACUGAAACAAAUGCACACACACAUAUAUACAUGCACACACACUCCCCGAUGAGGGCUGGGCUCUGCAAGGGAAUGGGGCUUUUGUAUACACACACAAAACUCACUCACUCAAACCUAAACAGAAUAAGAUUCACAUUUAUUAGACACAACAUAUUCCGUUAUUAAAAUAUGAUUACAGCCACAAAGUGCAUGCUAAUUUUGUAAUUUAGGCCUAUCCUUUCACAUUAAAUGGAUAGUUCACCCAAAUAUGAAAAUUCUAUAAUUUACUCACCAUCUCACAACCCCAGAUGUGUAUGACUUUCUUUCUUCUACUGAACACAGAUGAAGAUUUUUAGAAGAAUAUCUCAGCUCUUUAGGUUCUCACAAUGCAAGUGAAUGAUGGCUUGAAAGGUCCAAAAAUCACAUAAAGGCAGCAUAAAAGUAAUCCAUAAGACCAUGUCAAUAUCAAAAUUUAAGUCUCCUCCCUGCCCAGUAGGUGGUAAUAUGCACAAAGAAUGUGAAUUGCCAAAAACAAAAGUAGAGGAAUGUGAAAGUGGAGAUUUAUAGUAAAAAAGGACUUAAAUAUUGAUCUGUUUCUCACCCACACUUAUUGUAUAACUUCUUAAGAUAUGGAUUAAACCACUGGAGUUUUAUGGAUUACUUUUAUGCUGCCUUUAUGUGCUUUUUGGACCUUCAAAGUUCUGGCCACCACCACUUGCACUUUGAGAACCUAAAGAGCUGAUAUGUUCUUCUAAAAAUCUUUGUGUUCAGCAGAAGAAAGAAAGUCAUACACAUCUGGGAUGGCAUGAGGGCGAGGAAACGAGGGAAUUUUCAUUUUUGGGUGAACUAUCCCUUUAAGUCUUUUUUUUGUGAUUUUACAAAGAACUGCUAAGUAUAUUGUUGCUUUAUGUAUAGCAACAGCACACAUAAUGAUAGAAAAAUGCUUUGGAGUACAGCAAACAGCAUACAAUAAACACACUCUUUGUGGAUUGAUGGAUGGAUGGAUGGAUGGUAUUAACUCAUGGAAAUGACUGACAUGAGCUCAGAGCUGAUUGGCUAACUCAGCUGCCUGAUUAGAUUUACAAAUGGUGAACUACUAAGGGCCGGGGAACCGUUUCCAUUCUACACUCACACUUUUCUAAUUGAAUGUAAAUUUCCUGCAGCUUCUUCCACCAGGAACUACACAUUGUAACUUUUUCAGGGGUGUUUCCUGUGUGUGUGUGUCUGUAAGGGGUGGGGCUUUCUGGAGCAUGUUGCUCCAAGCUCGGAAUGUAGGGCAAAUCCCAUCCCCAAAAAUCCCAACCCCUAAAAACACAAGGUGCCUCGCCCCUCACAGACACAUCCAGCCCCCCCCCAAAGGGCUAUCAACCCACGCAACGCAUCGUAUCGUGACCACCUCACUCUGUGCAAAGCUGGGUGCAGGUUACUGUAGAUACUGUACAAAGAGAGAGAAGUGAAUGCAUGAAAUGGAGUACAAGAUGUCUGUCUCUGUGAGUAAACGAAUGUGAAAGAAGAAAGAGAGGGAGAGAUGAGAAGAUAGAAUGGACUGAUGAAGGACAGUGUUUAGGGUCAUUGCACUGCAAAAAAUAAUGUUCUUGUUUUCCAGUAAAAAUAUUUAAACCUUCUUAAAACAAGAUAAAUUUGCUUGAAAACCAGAUUGUGUGAGAUACUAAGACUUGUUUUUAUAAAACAAAUCUUUUCUUACCACACUGGCAAUUUUUUUCUAGCUCUAAGCAUAAAUCGAACAAAAUGUAUUGAGGUUUAUGCUUAAAACCUCCUUUCUGAAGAAGCAAUGUAUCAAUGUGAUAAAAAAAUACGUUUUAAAAUUUAACACGUUUUAAGGAUGAGGUUUAGAUAUUUUUACUGGAAAAGAAGACCAAAUAUUGAAUAAGCAUCUUUUUUUUUUUUUUCUUAAAUUGUGCGCAAAACAGGAGAGUGAAAGUCAAAUGCAAAUUUAGCAAAAGAUCAAGACAGAAAACCAGGGAAAAAUAAUAAAACAUGGAAGGGUUUCCUCCGAAAGACUUAAUGGACAACCACAAGUUCUUCCCCAGUAUUGAUUUGCAUGAGUUUUGAUCAUGAAACCUUGUGUUUGUGCCAUUUUCCUUUAUUUCCCAUCUGAAGUAUGCAGUGUUAGCUCUCAUUAAGAGAUGAAGAGCAUAAAACUAGCCCACCUUUCAAGAGUGCACUUUUCCCCCAUCCCUGAUCUCUGCCCGGGGGGCCCUGAAUGUAUUUUGUCCUUUGAAAGUGCUGUACAGUAUUGUCAGUGUGGCCCCAUAUCUUUUCAUUUAACUCGAAUCAGGGCUCGCACCAGUUUGACCUGCCAUACCCUGCCUUCCCUUGCACCCCAUUCCUUCUCAAUCAAUGUUCUACGCUGUAGAUAUUUGCUGUUUUUAGGGCAUAAAAUCUAAAAAUAGGUCUCUGCCACUAGCCUUGUCAUAUGGAACAGUUAAUGUCAGAUUCCCUCGAGUUUCUCUUUUUAUAAUAUGCUAGUUCUUAUUUAACUAUGUGUUGCAUCUGUUCUUGUGAGCAUUCAAUGGAUAUUACUAUUAAUAUGAUUACAAUUAUUAAGACUAGCCAUUGUUUUAUAUUAAGCAAUAAGUUCUUUGUGUUUUUUGGAAGAGGGUCUGGUUUGUUACAAAUAUGUCUAAAGAAAUGGUAGGAUACUCUCUUAACCUGCAUUGCCAUAAGAAAAAUAUGAAGACUAAUGUGUUUAUGUAAUAUGUACAUCUAUAUACAAGUUGUCACUGUCUGUGUAUUAAAAAAACCUGAAUGUGCAACAAAUAAAAAAGCGUGUAUAUAUAAAAGCA